AGUUGUAUGAUACAUGGUAGCUACUUUGUUUAGUUGAAUCCUUUCUUUUAAGCCUGAUUAUUCAUUAUUUAUUGUUGUUAAAUUUUCUUAUUAACAGUUGAAUCUUGAAAUUGUCAACUAGCAAGAUGAUUGGAGAGAGUUCAAAAAAAGCUGAGAAAAGAAUUAGAAAGGAGCGUGAAGCUAUAAUUGCUGCGACAAUGGAUGAAAGAAGAAAUACAUCAUUCAGAAUUUUAGAUGAGUGUUCUACUUCUCCACAUGUUGAAUCACAUGAUAUGGAAGGAGUUGUAGACUCCACUCAAGUACCAAAGAAGAAAACUAGAGGGGCAUCAAAGUUAAAGAUGCAUGACAAAGGAAAACAAAAGUGUGAUGAAAUUGACUUCAAUGAAAGGAAUCAGCCUGUGGGACCUGAGUUAGUUAAACUAUCGACUUUAGAAGGGAUCUUGGCACGGGAGAUGGUGCCAAUAACCAUAGAGAGAUGGCCUGAUAUUCCAGAAGAGGUUAAAGACAAGCUAUGGGCUUUUGUGAAGGUAACAAAUAUUUAUUUAAUUCAUUAUUAUACUAUCAACUCAAGUGUUUUUCCUAAUCACUAA